CCGGUGCAGGUGCCCUGUGUGCGUUUUGGCCCCAUCGUUCUGUCUCACGGCUCUCUCGGUUUACCGGAACCAUGGAGACCCGGACCGCUGGGCAGCCGGCCCCCAGGAAGGUGACCGCCCCGACAGUGACCCAGAUGAACGCAGAGUUUGUCACCCAGUUGGCUAAAUCAUACUGGGCUCCACAUUCAAAGAAGAAAUUGCCCUUUGAUUAUAAGGUAAUUGAAGAUAUAUAUGUAAAGGAAAUUUCCAAAUCAAGGUUUGCUAUCAGGCGGAUAAUGCUGUUGGAGUUCAGCCAGUACUUGGAGAACUACCUGUGGUUGAAUUACAGUCCUGAGGUGUCCAGCAGGCCCUACCUGAUGUCUAUCUGUUGCAUGGUAAAUGAGAAGUUCCGGGAGAACGUCCCAGCUUGGGAGACUUUCAAGAAGAGGCCACAGCACUUCCCUUUCUUUUUCAAGAGUAUAAUGGAAGCUUCUGUAGCCGAAGAUGCAAAAAGUGACUUCUCCUUGCAAGAGCGAACGAUCCUACUGCUUUUCCUAGAUCACUGCUUCAACAGCCUGGAAGUUGAUUUAAUCCGUGGACAGAUUCAGCAGCUUAUAUCACUCCCUAUGUGGAUGUGUUUGCAACCACCUCGCCUGGAACUGGAGCUGAAGAAAACACAAAAGCUGAGAAAGUUCUGGAACCUGAUAAAGAAAACUGAUGAGAAGUUGGACAAAAAGGCACAUGAAGUAGCCAUCCGGGAGAGAACAUUUCUUUGGCAGCUCAUACAAAAGUUCCUGUCUGUGCUCCGUUCCAUUGCAACUUCAGGGCCGGCAUCCAUGGACAGUUUACAUUACUGUGAGCGCUUCGUAGAAUUAAUAAUUGAUCUAGAGGCCUUGCUACCGACACGUCGCUGGUUUAAUACCGUUCUAGAUGACUCUCAUCUUGUUGUCCAUUGUUACCUAUCCGGCCUCAGCAAGAGAGAGCAGGAAGGACAUCUUUUUUCGCAGCUUCUAGAUAUGUUGAAGUUUUACACUGGGUUUGAAAUAAACGACCAGACUGGGAAUGCUCUCACAGAAAACGAGAUGACUACCAUCCACUAUGAUCGAAUCACCUCUCUGCAGAGAGCAGCCUUUGCACACUUCCCUGAACUCUAUAACUUUGCGUUGUCUAAUGUAGCUGCUGUGGACACUCGGGAAUCUCUAGUGAAAUGUUUUGGACCUCUUAGUUCGAAUACUCUCCACCAGGUGGCAUCCUACCUCUGUCUGUUGCCAGCUCUGGCUGAAGGGGAGGAAACUAAAUAUGACAAAGAGUUUCUCUUGGAGCUACUGGUAUCUCGUCAUGAGCGUCGUAUUUCCCAGAUCCAGCAGCUGAACCAAAUGCCUCUCUACCCCACCGAGAAGAUAAUUUGGGAUGAGAAUAUUGUGCCCACUGAAUAUUAUUCUGGAGAGGGUUGCUUGGCAUUACCAAAGUUGAACCUGCAGUUCCUUACACUGCAUGAUUACCUUCUGCGCAAUUUCAACCUCUUUCGCUUGGAGUCAACGUAUGAAAUCAGACAGGACAUAGAGGAUGUAGUUUGCAGAAUGAAGCCCUGGCAAUCUGAAUAUGGUGGUGUCGUUUUUGGAGGAUGGGCUCGAAUGGCUCAACCCAUCGUGGCUUUCUCCGUAGUGGAAGUAGCAAAACCUAACAUUGGGGAAAACUGGCCAACGCGUGUCCGGGCUGACGUAACCAUAAAUCUCAACGUUCAGAACCAGAUCAAGAAUGAAUGGGAAGGCCUCCGGAAACAUGAUGUGUGCUUCCUUGUCACUUUGCAACCUACUUUACCAUAUGGUACCAAGAUUGAUCGGCGGCAGUCCAUUGUUGAGCAGACCGGUCUGCUGUUUGUGAGAGGCUGCGAGAUUCAAGGCAUGCUGGAUGAGAAGGGACGCGUCAUAGAGGAAGGACCAGAACCAAAACCCAAACUCAAAGGAGACAGCAGAACUUACCGCGUUUUCUUAGACCCCAACCAGUACCAACAGGACAUGACGAGGACUAUCCAGAGUGGCUCUGAGGAUGUCUAUGAAACGUUCAAUCUGAUCUUGAGGCGGAAACCCAAGGAGAACAAUUUCAAGGCUGUGCUUGCAACCAUCCGGAAACUGAUGAACACAGACUGCGUUGUGCCAGAUUGGCUCCAUGACAUAAUCUUGGGUUACGGAGACCCAGGCAGUGCCCAUUACUCAAAAAUGCCCAAUCAGAUCUCAACUCUUGACUUCAAUGACACAUUUCUGAGCCUGGAUCACCUAAAAGCCAGCUUUCCUGACUACAAGGUUAAGGUGACAAUGGAGGAUCCUUCCCUGCAUAAGGCCCCUUUUAGGAUAACAUUUCCAGUCUAUGGUGGGAAAGGGAAGAAACGGAAGGAAGGAGGUAGUGAGGAAGAAACUGGGCCGGAAGAGCCCCCCACGUUGAUUGUUGAGCCUCAUGUGAUCCCGAACCGUGGGCCCUAUCCUUAUAACCAGCCAAAACGCAACACCAUUCAAUUCACUGCAACCCAGACAGAAGCUAUCAGAGCGGGCAUGCAGCCUGGUCUUACCAUGGUUGUUGGUCCACCCGGAACAGGAAAAACGGAUGUGGCCGUUCAGAUUAUUUCCAACCUUUAUCAUAACUUCCCAGAACAGAGGACGCUCAUAGUUACACAUUCUAACCAGGCUCUGAACCAGCUGUUUGAGAAGAUUAUGGCGCUAGACAUCGACGAGAGGCACCUUCUGCGUUUGGGCCAUGGGGAAGAAGAACUGGAAACAGAGAAAGAUUUCAGCAGAUAUGGGAGAGUGAAUUAUGUGUUGGCGAGGAGGCUGGAGCUGCUCAAGGAGGUGGGGCGCUUACAAGAGAGUUUAGGAGUCCCAGGAGAUGUGUCCUAUACGUGUGAGACUGCUGGCCACUUCUUCUUGUAUCAGAUUAUGUCACGUUGGGAGGCCUACCUUAGCAAGGUGAAAGCUAAACCAACACAUACUCCGGAUGUGAGUGACAUUGCUAAAUUCUUCCCUUUCCACCAAUACUUCCUGAACGCCCCACAACCCAUCUUCAAGGGUGGUUCCUAUAAGGAGGAUAUGGAGCUGGCGGAAGGGUGCUUCCGACACAUCAAAAAGAUCUUCACCCAGCUAGAGGAAUUCCGAGCUUUUGAGUUACUGCGCAGUGGGUUGGAUCGUUCAAAAUACCUCCUGGUGAAAGAGGCAAAGAUAAUAGCCAUGACGUGUACACAUGCUGCUUUAAAACGCCACGAUCUCGUGGAGCUAGGAUUCAAGUAUGAUAACAUCCUGAUGGAAGAGGCUGCUCAGAUACUGGAAAUUGAGACUUUCAUCCCCCUACUCUUGCAGAAUCCGGAGGAUGGCUUCAGUAGGUUAAAGCGCUGGAUCAUGAUUGGGGACCAUCACCAGCUGCCUCCUGUCAUCAAGAACAUGGCUUUCCAAAAAUACUCCAACAUGGAACAGUCGCUGUUCACAAGAUUUGUUCGGCUAGGGGUGCCAACGGUGGAUCUCGAUGCCCAAGGAAGAGCUCGAGCCAGCCUAUGCAAUCUGUACAACUGGCGGUACAAGAGCCUGGGAAACCUCCCUCAUGUGCAGUUGCUCCCAGAGUUCCGAUCAGCCAAUGCUGGACUUCAGUUCGACUUCCAGCUUAUAAACGUGGAAGAUUUCAAUGGAGUAGGGGAAUCUGAACCCAACCCGUAUUUCUACCAGAAUCUGGCAGAGGCAGAGUACGCAGUCGCUUUGUUUAUGUACAUGCGCCUGAUUGGAUACCCAGCUAAUCGCAUCAGUAUUCUGACCACAUACAACGGACAAAAACACUUAAUUCGUGACAUCAUCAAUCAGCGCUGUGGCAAUAACCCAGUGAUUGGACAGCCCAGUAAGGUUACAACAGUGGACCGAUUCCAAGGACAGCAGAAUGACUAUAUCAUCCUGUCACUUGUCAGGACCAAGAUGGUGGGACACAUCAGGGAUGUCAGACGGUUAGUGGUUGCAAUGUCCAGAGCUCGCCUUGGUCUCUAUAUCUUCGCACGAGUCUCCCUUUUCCAGAAUUGUUUUGAACUGACACCAGCUUUCAGCCAGCUCACCGCUCGCCCUCUGCAACUGCACAUUCUCCCAGCAGAGACCUACCCCACGCAGAGAAAGAAUGGAGACUUGCUGCCCUACCCAGCCCAAGUGAUUAAGAACAUGCCAGAGAUGGCAAGCUUUGUGUACAAUAUGUACAUGCACAUGAUGCAGAGCAGUCAGCAGUUGCAUUAUCGCCAGAGUCUACUGCCACCGCCUGUUGUAUCCAAGCAAAAGGAUCCUCCUCCUCAAAAUGAGGAAAUGGAAGUGGAUACCGAACACGUCUCACAAAAGCCCAAUACAGAUGAUCCUCCAGCAUCCAUUUCAGAGGAACAUUCCUCACCAAAGUCGAGUGACACAAGGGCAGCAGAUGUUACAGAAAAUAUGGAGCAAGAGGAUGCAGCAGGAAAGCAUACGGUAGAAACAGAAGAAAGUGAAAAACAAGCUGCUGUUUUAAAGGUCUGUGAGAAGGAAACAGAAGCCAUCGCUGAACCCAGCAGCAAGGAUGGAGAAUAUGCUACAGAGAAAAUGGAGACUGGAUCUGUGGAUCAAGAAGAACAUCACGCAAUGCCAGAGCAUCCUGGAAGGGACAGUGACAGUGAUUAUAGUGAAGACGAGGGAACAGGCGCUUAGUUUAUCACUCCAGUUAAGCCGUACAUUCGUGAGGCAGUUUAACACCAGUUAAAAGCCGAAAGAAUGCAUUAAUGAGUUCAAUUUUGGGGGCACCGUUCCAGAAUGGAUGCAUCACGUCCUUUGUACUCUAUGCUACAGGAGACUUUCCCCAUUUAUAGUAAUGUAAAUUAAGGGAUUGUUCUACAGUACUGAAUUCUUAGCCAGAAGACAAUACAGAAUUGUGUUGGAACAGUUGCUGUUUUGUUUAUGUUGGUGCACGUCUGCCUCCUCCCAGAAACUGGCACGUUUCCAUUCCACAUACUGGAAGAAUCUGAGGAGCAACCUCUGCCCAGUUCUUUUGGGCACUAUAUAUAUAUAUAAUUACAAGAAGGUAGGACAGCAAAUGGACAUUUCUGAGUUUGUUUGCUUUGACACAGAGCAAGAGGCCUGUGUAUUCAUUGACGUGGGACCUGUUUAGAAAGGACUAAACAGCAAAUAUUAGGCAGUUAUCAUGUCAAUUAUCCGUUUCUGAAUAACCCUUUAUGUAUUUCCCAUGUGAAGCAAGAGUUGAAUUUAUUAUUUUGUGGAGAAGGAAUGUAGAUUUUCUCAAUCUAUUUUUGUUAAUAACUUUUACAAUAAAAAGUUACACAAA